AUGGAACAAACAUGCCAAACCCACCAUUCAUGGUGUAGGGCCCUCGAUGAGCAACGACAACAGAACUACUUUCCGAGCAGAAUUCUGGACGUUGGCACUAUUCAAUCCGGCGAAAUACGUCUGAUCAUUACAGAAAUCGAACCGCCGGACCAGGACCAUAGAUGUACCGCAUUGAGUCAUUGCUUGGGCAAUAACCCUUCCUCAAUCCAACUGACGACCGAAAACGCGACUUUGCUAAAUAGCGAUAUACCGCCAGCUUGUCUCUCUCAGAGCUUCUUGGACGCAGUAGAGCCAGUAGUGCACAAGAUUGCGUAA